AUGCCGCCCAAAGGCAAAGACAAGCAGGGCGGCGGCUCCAAAGUUGCCGUGGACAAAACCUUCGGUAUGAAAAACAAAAAAGGAGGCAAAGGACAAAAAACCGUAGCCCUAAUCCAACAGCAACAAAAAAUGGCUGGCAAGUCAAAAGAACAACUCGCCCGCGAAAAACAAAAGGAGCAAGACAAAAAAGCUGCUGCUCAAGCAGCCAAAGAACUUGCUGCCGACCCUUUAUUCGCCAUUGUCCAACCCAAAGUACCCUUUGGAGUCGAUCCGAAAACCGUCACCUGUGCAUUUUGGAAGGCGGGAAGGUGCGAUAAGGGGAGUAAAUGCAAAUAUGGACACGAUAAAGAUGCAGGAAGGAAAACGGAGAAGAAGGAUUUGUAUGUGGAUAUGAGAGAUGAUGCGGAAGAUAAAAAGAACGAUACGAUGGAUAAAUGGGAUGAUGCGAAAUUGAAUGCGGUUGUGUUGAGUAAACAUGGGAAUCCAAAAAGUACAACGGAUAAGGUUUGUAAGUUCUUCUUGCAAGCUGUGGAGGAUGGGAAGUAUGGGUGGUUUUGGGAAUGUCCAAAUGGUGGUGAGAAAUGUAUGUAUCGUCAUCGUUUACCACCUGGAUUCGUACUCAAAUCUCAGAAGAAAGAACUGGAAGCACUGGAAAAAGCCAACGAGAUUUCAUUGGAAGACUUCUUAGAAACGGAAAGACACAAGUUGGGAUCAAACCUAACCCCAGUCACCGCAGAAACUUUCGCCAAGUGGAAAAAGGAGAGGAUGGACAAGAAACAAGCAGAAGCGGAAAUGCUCAAGAAGAAGAAAGAAGCUCAAGCAGCCGCAAACAAAAUGGCUGGGUUGAGUGGCAGGGAAAUGUUCAGUUUGAAUCCAGAUAUGUUUGCGGGAGAUGAGGAGGACAGUGAUGAUGAUAUGUUUGAUUUGGAUCAGUAUAGAGGUAGUGGUUGGGAGCAAGGAAGACAAGAUGAGGAUGGGGAAACAAGAGGGAUUAGUGAGGAUGAGGACGAUGGGGUGGAAAGGACGAGGAAUGGGGUUAAGAACUUGUCCAUGUAA